AUGUUCGCAAAUGCAAAGAGCUCGGCUCCAACUAUUCAAGUGAAUCAAAUCGAGAGCUCGUCUAACAAGCAUCCUAAUUUAUCAAAAACUUAUUCCACAUCACAACAGAAAGUACCCAAGUUUUCCAAGUAUUCGAGAAGCAACCAUCCGCUAUCAUGGAAUCCCGUUGAUAAUCCGCUCGGAAGACACGAAAAAACUUUCGGCCCUCCAUCUCCAGAAAGAAUAAAGUCGGAAGAAGAGUUUCCAAUGAAAAACAAAACGACGGAUGUAGCUCAUAGCACGUCUUUACUUCCGUGGCUCAAAAAAUGCGAUACCGACCCCGGAAUGAGUUCUUUAAAGCCCCACAAAACAAUCAAAUUCGAAAAUCCGCCUGGCUUUGAGAAAACGGUUGAUCGAUUUUCUUCACGGCUCGAUAGAAUCGGAGUGUUACCGUCUCUCUCACUUCAAAAACACACGGAUACUACACUUGGAAAAGUGGAGAAGACUUUGAUAGUUGCUGCUCUGGCGCAAACGAAAGAUAAAGAUUGUAAGAAGUCACUUCCAUUAUAUGAUAUGCUAGUGGAACGAUCCGACUGGCUACUGCUUCGAGAAGAUUUGAAUGAUGGUACUGAAUCUCUGCCAAGAGAUCCAUUUUAUUCACAUGAUGUUGUUUCGAGUUCGGGACCAGAAAAUAAAUUAUCGGUCGCUGAAAAUCAAAUUCUCGAUGACUCUCCACUAGAUUUUCUUAAUGAAACGGAGAAUCUUGAUAGUCAAGAAGACUUUUUCAAUCUCAAUGUGCUCAGUUGCUCUGAAAAUAAGUCAAAAGUAUCACGAACGGAUCACCACUACCCGUCUUCCUCUCAUUUUUGUGCAUUCUCGACUCCGGACAAGCGCAGGGAAAGAAAACGAAAAAGUACCACCAAUUCAUCUUCAGGAAGUGGUUCCAGUUCAUCAACCAAAAAAUAUAUUCCGGAAAGUAUCAAAGAUACUCUUUCAGCUCCUGUAAUUACUGCCGACUUUUCUCCAUUUGACUUUAGUUUCCUCUCCAAAUCAAACCUUUCUUCACCAAAGAAAAAACAACCACCGUCGAAGUUUUCAAUUUGGUAG